CGAGAAUCGAAAUUGGCUGGAAUUUGGGCCGGUGGGGCUGCACAUGUGAAUUGGCACCUGCCAGAGGCUGCCGUGACGGGAAGGGUCCAGUUUGGUGCUUCUGGGCGGUCGGUCUGAAGGAAAGUCGGGGACCGACUCCUUUUUGUAACCCGCGUGUCCAUCUCGUCCCUUUCUGUCGGUCUGCCCUUCCUGCAUCCUCUCCUUACAUAUUCUCCCAUCCAUCUCUCCUGCGGCGGCUUCUCCCAUCAACCGCCACACUCCUUUCUCUCCGCAUUCGUGACCUCAACUGUCACCGUCUGUUCCGUCAUUCCUUCACACCCACUUGUCAACUUCAACACCGCAGCAAUGGCUCCCAAGCAGGGUCUUGAGAAGGAGGACAAGCAGCGCGAUGCCGCCUUCAACAAGGUGCUUCACGGCAAGUCGGCCAUGGCAGCCGGCGGCAUUGCGGCCAUGUUCUCCAAGGACAAGGAGGCCAAGAAGCUGGCUGUCGAGGAGUACUUUAAGCACUUCGACAACAAGCGCGCCGAGAACGAGACUGCCGCUGACCGCGAGGCCCGGACAAAGGAGUAUGCCACUCUGACCAGGCACUACUACAACCUCGCCACCGACAUCUACGAGUACGGCUGGGGCCAGUCGUUCCACUUCUGCCGAUUCUCAGCCAACGAGCCCUUUUACCAAGCCAUUGCCCGCCAUGAGCACUACCUGGCACACCAGAUCGGCAUUAAGGAGGAGAUGACCGUCCUUGACGUCGGCUGCGGUGUCGGUGGUCCCGCACGCGAGAUCGCCAAGUUUACCGGCGCCAAUAUUGUUGGUCUGAACAACAACGACUACCAGAUCGAUCGCGCGACAUAUUACGCCGAGAAGGAGGGCCUCGCUGACCAGCUCAAAUUCGUCAAGGGAGACUUUAUGCAAAUGUCGUUCCCUGACGAGAGCUUUGAUGCCGUCUACGCCAUCGAGGCGACUGUUCACGCGCCCAAGCUUGAGGGCGUGUACAGCGAGAUCUUCAGGGUGUUGAAGCCCGGCGGCACGUUUGGCGUGUACGAGUGGCUGAUGACUGACGACUACGAUAACGACAACCUUCACCACCGUGACAUCCGUCUGCGCAUCGAGGUUGGCAACGGGAUUUCCAACAUGGUGCCCAUCUCGGAGGGUCUGGCGGCGAUGAAGGCGGCCGGGUUCGAGCUGAUCAAGGCCGAUGACCUGGCGCAGAAGGGCGACGCGAUGCCCUGGUACUGGCCUCUGGCUGGCGAUCUGAAGUACCUGCAGACAUACUUUGAUCUUUUCACCGUCCUCCGCAUGACCAAGUGGGCACGGACGUUGAUGCACGGCAUGACGGGCGUUCUUGAGACGGUCGGCAUCGCGCCUGCAGGCACCAAGAAGACGGCGGACGCACUGGCAGUGGGCGGAGAUGCCGUUGUCGCUGGCGCAAGGGAGAACAUCUUUACGCCCAUGUACCUGAUGGUUGGCCGCAAGCCGUUGAACUAGGCGGGGAACUGGAGUUGACUAAUGAGGAAAAGGAGGGGAGGGUAACAGGGGCGGCAUACAUGCCGAGUAUAAUGAGGAUGACAGGAUUACAUGACAGGAGGGGAGUUGAGCUCACACUUUGGGACGGUAGAGGUAUCCUAUAGAGUAUAUAAAAUAAUCUUUGUUCUAAUCGGGUUGAGUCGGGUGUGUGUGAGAGUGG